GCCGAAGAGACUGAAGUCAACCCGAAGGCGUACCCACUGGCCGACAAUGCUCUGACGGCUAAGAUCUUCAACGUUCUGCAGCAGGCGAACAACUACAAGCAGUUGAAGAAGGGCGCAAACGAAGCUACAAAGACUUUGAACCGAAAUCUCUCCGAGUUGAUUGUCAUGGCCGCGGACACUGAGCCGCUUGAGAUUUUGCUGCACUUGCCGCUGCUUUGCGAAGACAAGAACGUCCCAUACGUAUUCAUCAGAUCGAAGCAUGCUCUUGGACGUGCCUGUGGCGUAUCUCGGCAAAUCAUUGCCUGCUCGAUCACCACCAGCGAGGGAUCAAUGCUUAAGUCACAAAUUGAAACCCUCAGACAUGAGAUUGAGAAGCUCCUGGUGUAA